AUGAACAUACGUAACUGCCCAAGCACAUGCAACUGCACCUCUAGAUGCAACUACAUUUGCCACUGCAGCAGAAAUAGCUCAAAAAAAGAUGCACAUUUACAUGCUACUGGAAAUGUAACAGCUACUGCUCAUGUACAUGUACAUGCCUAUUUUACUGCAUUUGCCACCGAAACUGCAACUGCCCAUAAACAUGCACAUGCUACUGGAAAUGACUCUGCCACUGCACAUGACAAUGCAGCUGCAACUUUAAGUGCACAUACAUAUGCAGCUAAAAAUGCAAUUACAACUGCAUCUGCACACACACAUGGAAAUGCCACUGCUUCAUCAACUGGAACUGCAACUACACAUGCAACUAAGAACACAAAUGUAAAUGCCACUGGAACUAAACAUGCAAGGGCAUUUGCACAUACUCAUGUAACUGCAAGAGCACGUGCAAAUUUACAUGCAACUGCGACUGGACAUGGAAAUAGACAUGCAACUGCAACUGCACAUAAGCAUACAAAUGCCACAGAAACUGCCACUGCUAUUGCCACUGUACAAGAACAUACAAAUGUAAGGGCAACUGCACACGCACAUGGAUAUGAAACUAAAAAUUCAACAGUAACUACAACUACAACUUUACCUUUACAUGCAGAUGAAACUGCAACUGCACAUGUACAUGCAAUUGCAACUACAACUACACAUACUCGUAGUAAUGCUAUGAAACGUGUACAUUCACAUGCAACUGUGAAAGCACAUGAUCAGGGACAUGCAAAUGUAACUGGAAAAGCACAUGCAACUGCAAAGGCACAUGAAUAUAGAACUGCAACUGCAACUGCAACUACAACUGCAACUGCGCAUAAACAAGCACCAGCAUAUGCGACUGCUACUGCACAUGCAAAUAUAACUAAAACAGCACCUGCAACUGCUACUUCACAUGCACAUGUGACUGUAAAUAGAAUUGCAUAUACAGAUAAACACGCGCAUGCUAAUAAAAAUGUAACAUCACAUGCACAUGAAACUACACAUGCUCAUACACAUGCUACUGCCCCUGCUCAUGCAACUGCAUAUGCACAUGCAACUGCAAAUACAUCGGUGCAUACUCAUAUACCUGCAACAGCAGAUGCACAUUUACAUGCAGAAGCAAUUACAAGUUCCCAAACACAAGCAAUGUAA